AUGUCGGACACCAUGAACGCCAUCGUCAUCAGCAAGUUUGGCGGUCCCGAGGUACUUGAGUACAAAACAGUGCCCAAGCCGACUGUACGAACUGGCGAGGUUCUCAUUGCUGUCAAAGCCUUCGGAUUAAAUCAUGCCGAGAUGCAUAUGCGCAAGGGGGAAUGGGACGAAUGGAACCCUGUGACGGGCUUGGAAUGCGUCGGCGUUGUUGAAGCUUGCCCGGGCAAUGAGUUCCGCAUUGGGGAGACCGUCGUCGGUGCGAUGGGUGGCAUUGGCAGAAACCGACCAGGUGGCUACGGCGAGUUUGUAGCCAUCCCUGCCACCAAUGUUAUUGCCGUACAGACGAAACUGCCGUGGGAGCAGCUUGCCGCCAUCCCCGAAGUUUACAUUACCGUCUGGACGUGUCUCUUCACUAUCCUCAACCUUCAGCCGGGUGAGACGCUGCUGAUCCGAGGUGCUACGUCCACUCUUGGGCAAGCUGCUGUGAAACUGGGCGUGCACGCGGGUGCCAAGGUUUCUGCAACCACUCGCCGAAAAGAAAGAUUCGACUUGCUGCGGGGGAUGGGUGCUACAGAGACACUCAUCGAACAACCUGGGCUCGAUACACGCUGCUCAACCGAGUAUGAUAAAGUGUUGAAUUUGGUGGGAAACCGCUUUCUCUUGGAAUCUAUUAAUUUGACGAAGACCGGGGGGCGAAUGUUGCAGGCAGGAUGGCUUGGCGGCUUGGAGCCGGUCAAAGAUUUCAAUCCAAUGCUGCAGAUGAAAUCCGGGGUUCAUUUUAGCCUCUUCCACAGCAAAGAGCUGGGCACGGCCGGUUUUCCGUUCUCGAAAAUUCCUCUGCAGAGUAUUGUUGAACAGAUCGAAAAGGGGGAGUAUGAUGCCCAGCCAUCGCACGUCUUUGAUUACACUGAAAUCCGUCGCGCACAUGAGCUCAUGGACACUGGGAAUGCGGGGGGGAAGAUUGUGGUCAAGAGAUACUGA